CAAAAGACGUCCAGUUGAAGCAGCGUGCUCCUCCGUCUGCUGUGUUUUUGAGCAAUAUUACUGAGAUAGAGACUCAUUAUGAGUGGAAAAAGCAGAAUCUGUGAAAUUUGUGGGGUCAGAGAACGACAUAGGCUUGGAUUUUUUGCCGAUUUCCCAAUUUAUGAACACAGAUGUAGAACCUGGGUUAAAAUUGUUGGUAAAGAAGACCUAGUGCACAUACCAAUAGAAAUACUUCACCAAGUACAUUUGUGUGUGGUGAUCACUUCAAAGCAAAAGAUUUCAACAAAAAAGGCAAUCGCUUGAAGAAAAGGGCCUACCCUAAGCUGGAGCUUUCUGCACAACCAUUGACUGAGCAUCAAUUAAAAGACUUCCCUCAACAUGUCGCAAGCAAAGCUCCCACAACCAUGGAUGACAGUACUAAAACUCCUGCAAUUGCCUCAUCAUCCAAACUGCAGACCCCAGAGGCAACAACCCAAAUUACAAUGACUUCAUCACCAAUUCCCAUGGAAGAGGUCCCUGCUGCACCCGUGCUAGCUGCAUGUAGCACAACGCCGGCACUCGUCAAAGCUUCAGCGCCAAACCGUGAAGAGGAUGUGGCACUAGUAAUACCACCUCCAGGAAGCAAAACCCCUCUUGCGACAUCCACAAGGCAAAAUGUACUUUCUCCGUCACCCAUACUGAUGAAGAAAAAACAGGCUCAUGUGCCUAAGUUGGAUGCUGCGUCGACCACCAAGGAAACAUUAAUGGAUUGGGAUAAGUCUAAAGAAAAUUGAUAAGACAACUUAACAAAGUCAAAUCAACCGUUAGGUCACUGAAG